AUGCCGGGGGUGAUCGGGGCGGCAGCGUCAAGAAUGGCGAGGAGGGUCGACGGGCUGUUCUCGUAUGAGAGAGACAGCAGAGCGAUCAAAGGCGAGCUUCCCUCUGCCUCUCGCCUCAAGGUCAAGGUGGUCUCAGCACACCAGCGAGUGGACAUGCAGGGGAAGCCGUUGGUGGUGUUCAUAGUCAUGUGCAGGUUCGACGAGACAGAGUGGAACGUGGAGAAGCGAUUCAGCCAAUUCUUCACACUCGAUCAAGAGCUGUCGCGCCUGCUAGGCUGGGACCUCUCCCACUUCCUCCCCGAGCUCCCGAGGAGAAGCUUGUUCAUCGUUCAUAACCCCGAGCACAUAGAGCAGAGGAGAAUGCAGCUCGACAAGUACAUGAACGGUCUUGCUCGACUCGCUGCCAACGGCUCAUCGGCCUUUGGGGGAGCCAAGGAGGAGGAUCUGGCUGCUGGGAUGCAUGUGCUGCACAGCCUGUACAAGUUCGUGGACUUUGUGAAUCAUGUCAUUCCAGGCGAGGAUUCCUAUCUCCUACUUCCAGAUGUUUGA